UCGAGAUGAUUUGGCUUCACUUUUGGGCAGCUGUCAUGACGUCAAUAUUCAUAUCGAAAUGCAGUCAGUGGUCACAAUAGUACAACCAAAAGAACGGAGGGUUAAAGGGUUAAAUUUCUACCAGGAAGUGUAGCAAGGAGGGGCGCUAAACGUCAACAUGCUGAAACGAAACUGAACGAGGAGACUUUUGAACAGCAGUUUUUCAGAAGCAAAGUAGAGUUUUCCUUUGUAUUUUUACUUUUUACUUCACAGAUAUGGCAACAGCCAGCUGUCUGCUGUCAGAGGAGAAGUUCCUGUGUUCUGUCUGUCUGGAUGUGUUUACUGAGCCAGUCUCGACUCCAUGUGGACACAACUUCUGCAGAGCAUGCAUCCACACGUAUUGGGACAACAGUGACAUUUGCCAGUGUCCAUUUUGCAAACGAGCAUUUUCACCAAGACCUGAACUCCAUGUCAACACCAUCAUGUCUGAGUUAGCUGCUGAGUUAAAGAAGUCAGUUCAAGUGAAAGCCUCCACUCCAGACCCACAAUUAACUGAAACAGCAAACAUCCUUUGUGACAUCUGCUCUGAGAUAAAAGAAAAGGCCGUUAAAUCUUGCCUGAUAUGUCUAACGUCUUUCUGUGAAGUGCACCUUGAGCCUCAUCAGAGAGUUGCAGUUCUCAAGAGCCACACAUUAAUAGACCCUGUGAGGGAUCUUGAUGGCAGAAUGUGCAAAAAACACAACAAGAUAACAGAACUGUACUGUAGGACUGACCAAGCCUCUAUUUGUGUCUUAUGUUUCAAAUCUGAUCACAAGGGUCACAAUAUUGUCUCACUUGAGGAAGAAUAUGAAGCAGUGAUGGCAAAAAAAGAUGACGCAAUGGCAAAUAUUCAAAAGAUGAUCCAAUCACGGUCUGAGAAGAUAAGUGAGAUUGAAAACUCAUUUGAUGUUUGCCAGAGAGAAGCUGAGAAGGAGAAAGAAGCCAGUGUGCAGAUCUUGGCUGACUUGAUCUGCUUCCUUCAGAGAAGCCAGGCCGAGCUUGUUGAGGUGAUUGAGGAGAAGCACAAAGCAGGAAAGGAAAAGGCUGAGGGGUUUCUCAAAGAACUGAGGAUGGAAGUCGCUGAGCUUGAAAACAGAAGCAGCCAGCUAGAGCAGCUGUCACAGUCUGAGGAUCACCAUCUUUUUCUGCAGAACUUUCAAACCUUGUGCUCUCCUUUAGAGAAGGAUUGGGCCAACAUUGAUGUUCACAGUGAUCUGUCUUUUGAGGCAGUGAGAGGAACUGUGACUCUGCUGAAACAGAGAGUCGAUGAAAUAAUGGAAGAGCUUCCUGAGAUCAAAAUGGAAAAAAUGAGAGAACAUGCAGUGGACUUGACUCUUGACCCUGACACAGCAUAUUGCACACUUGUCAUUAGCCAGGAUGGAAAACAAGUGACAAAUGUAUACAUAGACCAAAAGCUUCCCAACAAUCCAAAGAGAUUUUACAUGUUUCCAGACAUUUUAGCAAAGGAGGGAUUCACAACAGGGAAGUUUUACUAUGAAGUGCAGGUGAAAGGAAAGACUUGUUGGACUGUCGGAGUGGUCAGAGAGUCUGUUGAAAGAAAGGGGGACACAACGCUGUCAAGUAAGAAUGGUUUUUGGACUUUUAGGUUGGAUGAGGGCAACUACUCAAUAUUUGAAAACAAUUCUGCUAAAAUCACACUGAAAGAAGAGCUUCAAAAAGUGGGCAUCUUUGUGGACUAUAAUAAGGGAGUGGUUUCUUUCUAUAAUGUGGAUUCUAAAUCUCAUAUCUAUUCUUACACUGGCCACCGCUUCACAGAGAAACUUUAUCCAUACUUCUGCCCUGAAGUGAGCGAAAAUGGAACAAACUCUGCUCCUCUCAUCAUAACCCCGGUACCUCAAACACACUGAGCUUUGUUCUCAUUUUGGUCCUCUAGAGAUCACAGAGAAAUGAACGAGUGUUAACCACAACAUUCAAAUGUUACUUGUAAUCAAACUAUAUUUAAAAUGUUUUUAAUCAAGGCAUGCAUACAUAUAUAAAAGACAUAUGACAUUGCAUCGUCCUGUAAGUAGCAUUCUGUCCCUUUCUCUACAGUAUAAUUCAUACGGGUAAAUGUAAACUAGUGAUGCUGAUGUUGCACAGUCAUAUUGUCAGAUCCUGGUGUAUUACAAUGGAUAAUGGUACCAGUGUCAUAAUAUAAUGUAAUUUGUCAAGAUAUUUUGUUUUGUAUUUUUAUGCAAAAUUAAUGUUCUUACAAAAUCAUAUGUCAAGUUUGGUUUGCCUUUAGAAUCAAGAAAUAUAUACAGCCUCUACCUGAUGGAGAAUUGCAAAAAGGGACAGUAAUAGACGGAAUACGCACAUGCAUCUAAAUUCUUCUUUUUGCUUGUUUCUUGUAAUUCACAGUGUCUUGAAAUGAAGAAAAUCGUGACAGAUUUCCCUGCGUCAUUCCUACCUAGAUGCUCUGCCAGAUAUAAAGCAUUUGAACAACU